AUGUUGCUUUACGCGAUGUUCGAUCCGAAUAACAAUGCGGGAAGAGCGUUAACCGUAGUUGAAAACGAGACUUUCCCGCAAUUAAAGCGACCGGAAGAUGUAAUUAAACAGCCGUGUUGGGAGAGAAUGGACGUGAACGCGGAGGUGGCUAGGACGGUGCAACACGCCGGGCAGAAAAAGGGCAAAAGGAAGAGGAAAUCUGGUGGAAAUAAAGAGAAAAGGCGAAGGGAACGGGAGGAAAAAGCGGCGAAACGCAACGCGGAAGAGAAGGAACGUUUACGUAAAUGGGAGGAAUGUUGGGAAAAGGAAUUCGAAGCCGAAGAGGAACGCAAUAAAGCCGAGUGCUGCAAGAGCGACGGAUUGUGUCUGAAACCGAGGACUCAAUCGAACAUCUGGAUCAACGUGGUUCGGGAUAGAUCGAUUCAAGAAAUCCAUAUGGCUUUUAAGUAAGAUAUUGGAUAAAAAACGAAAGAAUUUCUUGCCAUUUUCAAUGACGCAUUUCAACAGUUCACAGGUCAAAGAUAUAAGCACUGUACUUAUCUACGAUUCUAUGAGACUUUGAAUUGUUAUUCAACAUCUAAUUGGAUGCAACAAUUUUUAAAAAUUUUUCAUCAAUCCAAAGCAAUUAUAAUUAAUUUGCAUAGACACGUUCCUGUCCCAAGACCCAAACCUCCACCGCUACCACCACCCCCGCCACCCGAAAAGAAAAGCGACAUGCAGAAAGUUCACAAAC